CCCAGCUCCACCAUGGAAGCUUGUCACUCUCCACACCAAUCCAAUGUCACUUCAUACGGGGCCACAGCUUUGGCCAUCGUCACCCUGGAGGCAUUUGCUGGCGUGUGGAUAAAUGCUUUCAUCGUUUGUGUGCUUGGCAUUGGCUGGGUCAAAAAGAAAACCCUGAACUCUAAUGAGAAGAUCUUGCUGCUUCUGGGAUUCUCCAGGUUUUGGUAUUUGUGCAUCUCAUGGGCAUAUUCAUUUCUGGCAAGAAUUUAUCCCAAUUACCUUUAUGUUCAUACCAUACUUCAAUUGGCUGUAUUUUUUCAAACCUUUUUUAAUUAUUCCAACUUGUGGGUUUCUGCCUGCCUUUGUGUUUUUUAUUGCAUAAAAAUUGCCAAUUUCAGGAAUACCUUCUUCAUUUACCUGAAAGUAAAAAUUGACAGGAUGGUGCCGUUGCUCUUGUUGGGGUCUGGGAUUUUAGCCUUUGCAAUGGGCAUCGUUGCGUAUGACGUCGCUGAUAAACCGCACUGCAACAACCACAAUUCCACCAGACAAGGAAAUUUUGGGAAAGCAAGGAUCAGAAUGGAUAAACAUUUUUUCCCUUCUUUUUUUCUUGCUGGCUUUGGAUAUGCUGCUUCAUUCAUGACAGUCAUCUUUUCUGCUGUUUUCCUUCUCUUUUCUCUUUGGAGACACAAACACAAGAUGCAGACAAACUCCAUGAAGGACCUCAGCAUGGAUGCCCACGUCAGAGCCAUGAAAUCUAUUUUCUCCUUCUUAGUCAUGUACAGCAUCAACUUUGUAUGUUUGGUCUUAGAAAUGGUUUAUGUCACAGAGAAGAGAAGUCAUAUGACAUUUCUUAUUGUAGUAUUUCAGUACACUUUUCCGGGUGUUCAUUCCCUUAUUCUGAUUUUCAGCAAUCCUAAGCUUGAAAAGACACUGCUAACGAUUCUUUCCUUAGAAAGAAUUGUGAAAUGCAAGUUUUGCAUGAGUUAGGAGCUGACAUAAAAUCUGGAGCCCAUGCAGAAUGGUAAGAUUUCAUUAUGGAAAAAAAAGUCUUUUACUCUCUACUGCAACUCUCCAAGCACUGUAGAUACAAACGUUCUUAUCUGUGAAAUUAGAAUAUAUCAUUCAAAUACUAUGAACUAAAUUAAUGUGAUUUAUAUUUUCAAUAAUAUGUUCCUUUAGGUAAUUUUUGAGUUUAAUUAUUGUCAAUAAUAAAUUUAUUUUAAGCUGAUACACAAGUUGCAUGUAAAAGUGCAGUAACAAUAGUGCAAACCUGCCACAGAUGCUCUGGCAAUUUCUGAUUGAAUUGACUGAAAUUAACUGCAGAUUGAUCUCUAUUUUGGUUUACCUUUCUGUCUGCUGUGGCCCUGUGCUGUGGGAUCUGUCAUGGGCUGUAUCAGUGUCUGGCAGUGGCCAAUAGCUCUGGGUGAACAUGCUGAGCCCUGGCCCUCACCAGAGGUGGUCACUGAUGCACAAAGAGCGAGGCAGAAACAGCCCUGGGGAGCUCAGGGGGUGCAGAGCCCCCUUCCCACGCCAGCCCUGUGUGUCCUCUCUGCCCCACUGCCUGCAAGGACAGCAUUCCCUGCUCUGUGGGACUGCUCUGCUGGCCUGCUUUGACCUGGGGAUGAGAUUGGCUUUGCCCAGUGCACUCUGACUCACUAAAACACCCAGGUUUUGUUCUGGAUCAGGGGAACAGCAUGGGAAGGGAGUGGAAGAGACUAUUCACUAUGAAUUGACUGCAAACCCUAUUCUAUUUCUUUCUGUGCUGCUGUGGGAGUGGAGUUGGAGGAGCUGAGGAUAAAGGAGUGAAGUUGAGCCUGGGAUGAAAUGAUGGUGGAGGCAGCAGAUUCCAGUUUAUGUUUGUUUCUCAUCAUCCUAGUGUUUGUUCAGUAGGUAAAUAAGUUAUAGUAAUUUCACAAUUAUAAGCCACACCUGAUUGUAAGCUGCACAUCCAGGUGUCAGUGACUUUUCAU